AUGGCUGCCCCCGAAUCGUCUCCUCGCCGGCCCACGCGCACCCCUGCGAGACCUCGCGCUGCUUCAUCACAGAUCAUGGAUUCUGAACCUCCUUUGAAAAAGAGAAGAUACGUUCCUGGUGGACCUGGGGGUGGUGGCCGUUGGGUCGACGAAGAAGGCAACGAGACAACAGGCCCUCCUAGUUCUGUGCGCCGACACCGAUCUGUCCUGACUGGAGAUGAUGAUGGGGACAUGUCAAGUCCAAGAACUGUUCGCCGCCCGCCUCCAUCCACACGUCCGCGCAGAGACCGAGAUCGCAACCGUGAUCGCCGACCAACUGCAACCCCCCGACCCCGUUACAGCAGCGCCGCAGCUGCAGCCGCCGCAAGCCAAGCCAGCGAUGGAUACAAACCGCGAGAAGAAAGAAGCUGGGAAGAGUUUCAUCCGAACCUUGAUGUUGACCAAGGCCUCAUUCUGUUCACAGCCGACCAUGUAGACGGCCGGAACGUAGACACACUCAUGGCCGAGAACGAUGUACCCCCUCCGGUAGCCUCAUUUGUGGCGAUGGAGACUCCAAUCAAGCGCAAGCCUGGCCGACCUCCGAAGCGCCCAGAAAGCAUGCUCUCUGGCCUUGGCUCACCACCAGCUCCUCGCAUCUUGCCCCUGCCCACGCACAACCCCAAGGAACGCCUCAACCUACCCAAGCCAGCAUACCGCACCGUCGACACAUUCGCUCAAUAUGAGCAACAAGGUUCAAAUCAAAGAAACUAUGUCGACAAGUCCAUGGCCCAUGUUGGCUACCAAGAAGGCGACCGCUUCGAUAUACCAAAACAGAUCCUGAUUCGCCAUGUCGAAGGCCCCUACGAUGACGACAGUAUCUCAGGCCUCGUUGUCAAAUCUGACAAGAUCGAAGACGCACGGCCGCCGGUUGUCUUCAAUGUCGAGUACGACAUGGAUGAACAAGACGAACGAUGGCUCGAGAUGCACAAUGCUCAUCGCAAGGAGGAACAGGCUGAGCCCAUCAAACCCGCUUUGUUCGAGAUCACCAUGACUCAAAUUGAGCGUGAAUACUACGCUCUCGAGAAGAAGAUCCCGAAACCAAAUCCGAGACACGCUCAAAUCACAAGGCCCCGUUCGAGUUCGGCCGCAGCAGUCAACGGAGAGCCUAGCGGACCUGCUGAUGAGCCCGACACUAAAUGUGCUGUAUGCGACGAUGGUGACUGUGAGAAUGCCAACGCCAUCAUCUUUUGCGACGGCUGUGACUUGGCUGUUCAUCAGGAGUGUUACGGAGUACCUUUCAUUCCUGAAGGCCAGUGGUUCUGUCGAAAAUGCAAGGAAAUCGGCCGCGGUACCCCUACUUGUAUCUUCUGUCCAAAUGUGGAUGGCGCCUUCAAGCAGACUAAUACGAUGCGUUGGUCCCAUCUGCUUUGCGCCCUAUGGAUUCCAGAAAUCACCAUCGCCAACAUGACCUUCAUGGAACCGAUUACCGACGUCGAAAAAGUGCCUCAAAGUCGCUGGAGACUGAAAUGUUAUCUUUGCCAACAGAACAUGGGUGCUUGUAUUCAAUGUGGCAACAAGGCCUGUUAUUCGGCAUUCCAUGUCACAUGCGCCAGACGGGCCAAGCUCUUUCUAAGAAUGAAGUCCACUCACUCUGGAGGUAUUGAUGCUUCCGUUCUCAAGGCCUUCUGCGACAAACACGUCCCUCAAGAUUGGCGCAAUGAACAUGAUGUUGAUACUGCUGUCGCAGAAGCCAAGCGCUACUACAGACACACGAUGAAGAAUAGAAAAUGGGCUGACAGCUCCAGUACUGGAAACGUCGUAACCUCCGCGGCUCAGCCAGAUUCGACCGCAGAUAACGUGGACGAGCUAGGUCAUGCUGACGAUACUAUCGUUGUUGCUGCGAACAAGCGCAAGAAAGCUCAACCUCAAAAAGUUGGUUGGCGUUUGCCAUCAGGCGCACCCGUUGUUCCUGCUGUUGUUUUCAACACGGUGGAUAAUUCGCUUGGACGAUUCGCGCUCAGAAAGCGAAAAGAGUUUGUUACUGAGGCUUGCAAAUACUGGACACUCAAGAGAGAAGCUCGCAAAGGUGCCGCUCUGCUGAAACGCCUCCAACUAUCACUGGAGUCUUUCUCUCCCAUGGAAAUCACUCGUCGCAACUUUUCAGGCAUGGGUGCUGCUGGCAGACCACGCUUGCUUCGAAGAAUCGAGUUCGGUGACAUCCUUAGUGAGGAUGUGGACAAGCUGGAACAUCUCAUCUCCAACAUCCGUCAACGCGAAGAGUUGAGCCUUGUCGAUACUACUGAAGUCCUCAAGAGUCUCAUCGACAAUGUUUACUUCCCCAUCAUCCCGCUGCUUCGCCCAAUUCUUCAACGAGCACAAAAACUCGACGAGAAGAGCGGUUUCUUCAAAGAAGGAUUCGAAGAGCUUGAGCGAAAACUGUCCGAACGACAAUACAUCUCGGUCGCCGAGUUUUCUAAUGACAUCUUGACAGUGUUGUCAAGCGACAACACAAGAUCUGACAAGAAUGUCACUGAGCUUCAUGAUGCACCAGAUGUGCAGCAGCAACUCGACGAUCCUGUCGACACUCCAGAACAUAGGGCUUUGACACCGGAACAAAAAGAGCUUAAGAAGAUCCGAAAACGUAUAAUCAAACCUGUCAGAGAACUUUUGGAGAAGGCAUCGGCUCGAGAAGCAGAACUUAAAUACCAACGGCGUUCUGCCGACUACAAAAAUGGCGACAAUAUAUCACCAGACACAAGUGUCUCUGCAGUUGCGGGCGCAUCUCCAAGCCGAGCCAACGGUCGAGCCGAUGAAGAUGUUGACAUGGUAGAUGGUGAUGACGAUGACGCUGACGCGGAAGGCGAACCAGAUGAAGAGGUUAAUACUGCUGCACACGCUAUGGUCGAUACCGGGGCCAUACAUACAAAGGGAGCUCCGUUCAAACCUAUGCAGCCUCUGUCGCCCCCAAAUUCGACGUCAAGUGUCGCUAACACCAACAACAUCGUCGAAACUAUCCAUCACCACAACCAAGAAGUUGCACCGACCCAUGCGGCUGCAAACGAUCCAUGGGCCCAAGGCGGGGUACCAUGGUAUCUUGAACUCUUCGACAUAGACGGCACAACGAUACACGAGGAACGUUGGUCAGGCCGUGACGCCAUGUCAGAAGAACUUACCGACCUGGACGAAGAGGAAGUAGCCGUUCUUUGCGAUAAGCCCAGCGCUUCCGUUGAGGCGGACGACAAUGCCAAAAGCCGAACCAGAAGCUCGGCUCGAAUCAAGCGCGCUGAAGAAAACAGCACCACUUCGAACGAAGAAGAAAAUGCUCCGGCAGAAGUACAACAGACUGAAGAGCAAAGAGCAGAGAGGGAACGAAAGGACAAGGCGAAUGCGAGACGCAGAGCCCAGAGAAGGCGUAAGUGGUGA